UAUGUCUUUGGUGAGUGGAAAAUUAAUGACAAGCUUCAUUGGAGAUUCUUCGUUGAUACAAACAAAGGUGGAUGCCUUUGUGAAGUUUCUGAGAAUAUCACUUACAAGGAUUUAAUGAAGAUUGUUUUUGAAGAUUUCGGACUUGAUGGUCUAGUUAAAGAGAUUUCACUCAGCUAUGAACUUCCAAAGAUGAAAUUAAUUGUAGAAGAUUCUCCUCCUAUCUUCAUUCGCAAUGACCGCCAAGUCUGCACUUUUAUCAGGAAGAUACAAGAAAAUCCUGAGAUAGGACGUUUGUGUGUAUCGGAAUUUGAUCAAUCAUUUGGUAGUGAUAUCUCAGUUUCUAAGCCACUUGGUGAUACAUGUUCAACCGCUGAAAAAGAAAAGAACAAUAAUUCAUUUGCCUUGCCUGCUGAUCGAGAUCCUAUUCUGAUCUCUGCAGGAAGUUCACAUACGACUGCACAUGAAACACACAAGGAACUUAAUCGGUCUAUUGGAAGUGAUGUUUCUACGACACAUAAUGAUAUAGAAAUCUCAACAGCUGAAAAAGGAAUAUGAUCUUUUUUAGAGAAUUUGGUUCCUGCUCCAGAUCUCUCUCCUAUAUCUAUGGUAGGUUCACAUUCAACUUGAGGGGCUGAUGAUAUAUAUGUGGACAGAUAUUUCAAGAACAAGGAAGAGUUGAUGUUCAAGAUGAGAAACUGGGCACUUGAAUGGA